UCUAGCUGUGCAUUUAGACAGAAAGCACUAUCCCUAAAAGACUACAUCGACGAGAAUUCAGUAGUCUAUUGCGAAAUUAACUGCCUGUCGUCUGCCAAGCUACCUGGCUUCCGAGAUCUCGCCUUCCCCCCCUCCCCCAAGCAGCCUCCCGCAUCAUGGCAUCCGACGAACUGAGCGGCUCUAGAAUAGAGCUAUACGACUCAUCCCUGACCGUUCCGUCUGAUUCGGAAAAUUACUCGGCCAACAACGAACUCACUUCGUCCACCUCCAGUUCACCGCUCAUUCUCUACCAACCGCCCACAAUCUGGAGCUUGCUCCGGGGUGCGGCCAUCAACCUCAUUCUUCCGUUUGUAAACGGGCUUAUGCUGGGAUUUGGCGAACUUUUUGCACAUGAGGCAGCCUAUAGGCUGGGAUGGUCUGGCACAAAGAUUUUCCCUACAUACCGGCGAUCGAGACCAGCAGGCCCUGGGAUUGAAGUGCGUGACAUUCCCUUCGACCGCAGACGGGGGACCAAAGCGGGUCUUCAAGAUACCACAUCCUUGGAAUAGACGAGUUGAAUACUGGCCGCGAUCUACUUUCUCUCUCUAUUUUGUUGUUUCCCGCUCUUUCCCCC